GAUGUACAGUUGUAUCUACAGAAAUACCGCCAUCAUGAUCGAACAAAUGUCUAUCUUUCUCUACCUUUCUAUGCUCUAACAAAGUUGUCCAACGUUGCAUUUGUGAUUGAUUUUUUUGUUUCAAUCGUUAUAGACGUUUUAUCGCAUUAUUAAAGAUUAAAACAUCACGUAUGGAUGUGAGUUAAUACGGUACAGUAACUAUAAAAUUUGUGACAGGUGGUUUGACGUUUAUUCGCCGCCAUCAUUAUUAACGACAGUGACCUGCCAUAUUGCGCGUGAUAUAAAGAACUGUAAUACAUUUACUUAGUACGAUUAUUUGUUGUACAUUUGAUAUAAGUGCCUAUUGUUUAUGUAGCAACAAUAGUUUUAAAAAAACCCCACAACUCAGUUGCAAGAUAAUAUUUCAUAGUAGCCAGCUGUAAAACGGCACAAAAUGUCAACUGGUCCUUAUAAUUAUUCUUACAUCUUUAAAUACAUCAUUAUAGGAGAUAUGGGAGUAGGGAAAUCAUGUUUAUUACAUCAGUUUACAGAAAAAAAAUUUAUGGCAGAUUGCCCACACACUAUUGGUGUUGAGUUUGGAACAAGAAUCAUUGAAGUAGCAGGGCAGAAAAUAAAAUUACAAAUAUGGGACACUGCUGGGCAAGAACGUUUUCGGGCAGUUACAAGAUCUUAUUAUCGGGGUGCAGCUGGAGCAUUAAUGGUCUAUGAUAUUACUCGUCGUUCAACUUACAAUCACCUUAGCAGCUGGCUUACAGAUACAAGAAAUUUAACGAAUCCAAGCACUGUUAUAUUUUUGAUCGGUAACAAAAGUGAUUUGGAAGGUCAGAGGGAUGUUACUUAUGAAGAAGCAAAGCAAUUUGCAGAUGAAAAUGGUCUCAUGUUUGUUGAGGCCAGUGCAAAAACAGGACAUAAUGUUGAAGAAGCCUUUCUGGAAACAGCAAAAAAAAUAUUCCAAAGUAUACAAGAUGGACGUUUGGACUUGAAUGCAGCAGAAUCAGGAGUUCAACACAAUCCCAGUCAACCAGGUCGUAGCAAUCUUCAAGGAGUAUCUAAUGAACAACAGGGUGGGAAAGAUUCUUGCUCCUGUUAGGUCUUUAUUUGUUUGUAUAUAGAUAUCUGAAAUCAUCGGUACUAUUAAUGCAUAUAUGAUUUAUACUAAGUAUAGCAAGCAAAUAGUCUCUGACCUUUACCCCUUAACCUUUGAUAAGUCAAAUCUACUUAAUGAACAUUAAAUCUUUUCUAGUUAUAAUUCAUUUACAAAAAUAUAUAAUAUGAGUAUAAAGCUCAGUAUAAACAUAUACGUGUAAAUUGUAUUUGAAAACCGAUUCUGGAUUUUGCUUUUUCAAUGUUACAGCUUUUAUAUGAUUGUUGUGAUUUGCAUAUAUUUCCUAUAGGUCAUAUAAUUUAUUGCAUAAUGAAAUUAAAUGCUAGGUAAUAUGUUGCACUUGCUGACAUUAUGGUACACGUGUACAAGGUGCAUUGUACGAAACAUUUACUUAAUCACGAAAAUAUGGAAAUAUGAUAAACAUGAAUGUGACACACUUGAAUAAGAUAAAUAUUUACCAUUGUAAAGUACAUUUAUGUAACAAGAUUGAGUAUAUCUGAACGUGUUUGUUAUCUAAUUUACAGUUUGGAAGCUGUACUAUAAGCUUAGAUACAAAAGAUUGUUGAUAACAUAUCUACACUUCUAAGUAGCAUAAAAAGUUGUCAUAAAAUGGCAUAGUGAAACAAAUUUAGUGUCAUUUGUAUUAUUUCAUAACUACAGUCCUGCUUUUAUGUCAUGUAAACCUUUCAAAAAGAACUUACAGUUUUUGUUCUCAGCUUUAAAAAUGUUUUGUUUUCAAAAAAAAUUUUAAUUUCAUUAAUUAAGUGUAUUGUAUUUCAAAAUUAGCGAAAAAAACUUAGAUCGAUUUCUUCACGACAGUUGUUUUCGUAUUUUGUUUUAUUAAAACUAAGAAUAAGUAAAAUGGACAUUUUUUCAACGAUACAAUAGCUAUAUUCGUAUUCUAGUUAAAGUGAGUACUCUUAGGUAAAUUUGGGAACAACAGUUUGGGACAAGUGGGAAUGGAAAGUGAAAAUCAUUUUGUGUAGAAAGAAAAGAACGACAUUAUGUGUUAUAUGAGUAACUAUGCACUGUAGUUUAAAAAAUGCUGUGUAUACACGAAUUUCGUUUUUGGAACCAUUGUUUGAGCAGGCAUGGUGUUCAUCUCAAGGCAUGUUAAGUAUAUGUAUGUAUAUAUAUGUAUGUCCAUACAUAUAUAUAAGUACAUAUACAGACAAUCUACAUGGUAGUAGAUUGUUAUUAGAUAUAGAAGUCAAGCAUCUAUCGGAAGGACAUUUUAUGUUAUUAUUACCACUGUUUCAAAAUCGAAAUUAUUAAUACUGAUAAUGAGACAUGUUUCAAUAUGGUAGUGUAUUAUUUGGAGUUUAUGUUCAAUAUUAUAAAACUACUUAAUUCAUUUAUUAUUAAUUAUUUUUCCUUAAUUAAGAGAAGUAUUAACGGAUAGAUUUAUUAUAACUAAUUGACAUUUUUAAGGAUUAAUUAAUGAAAACAGGAAUUAAAAAAAUGAAAACUUACUAUCUCAGUAAAUGGUUUUAAUAAGGAAAGCAAAAUAUUACAUUUGCGAUCAGCUUUGUUGAAAAUUUGAUUUCAUUGAAUUUUAUUCAAUAGCACUAGUUGUAAAUAUAUGAAGAUACACAGUUUAAACGUAAAUUUUUUCUACAUUAUAAUCUUC